AUGCCGAAAAACCGAAGCCAUACAGAUGCUUCUGAGGAGUACCAUGAGUUCAUACAGCUUGUGGCUCAGCAGAAUAAGGUGCUGCAAUCCCUAAAAAGAGCAGCUGCCUUGCUCGAUUCGCCCGACGUGACCCUCGAGCAAGCACAGGCUCGACGGGACUUUAUUGACGGACGGUGGAAGGACCUGUCAGCUCGCGAUGAACAGCUGACCAUGUAUGAAGCAUUGCCGGCUUGCGCAACCGAAGCUUACUUCACUGAGGACUUCCUUGGCACGUGUGAGGAACUCUACCUCACAACGUACGCAGGCCUGUCCGCAUACAUACACGCUGCUAUGCCACGGAUGUCACCGGCAUCGUCGAACACGGAACCAGAUGCUGCCAUCUCCGAAGCUCAUCAACGUCGUACGCAAGUACCGAAGAUUAAGCUACCGCACUUUUCCGGCAAUUUCAUAGGUUGGAUAGAAUUCCGUGAUCAUUUCCAGGCACUCAUUCUUAAUGACGCUUCUUUUGACUCAUUUCAUCGUCUUUAUUAUCUGAAAUCAUGCCUUGAAGGAGAAGCCGCGGCUUUGUUAAAAAACUUGUCGAUUACCGCGGAUAAUUUUGAAGUCGCCUGGAAGAUGCUCACGGAACGCUAUGAAAAUAAACGCCGUUUAUUGUCGAUUCUUUUAAAUGAGCUCUUUGGUCUCAAACCCGUUUCUCGCGAAGGGUCUCCAGGAGAAUUGCGGAAAUUAUUAGAUUCGGCCCAGGAAUGUCUCGACGCGCUCGCGAAACUUGGCCGUCCUAUCAGUGAUGAUAUAAGCGUGCAUAUCGUCACUCAGCGUCUUGAUCGCGACACUCGAGAAGCCUGGGAAUUUUCGCUUGAGGGUGAUGGUUUCGCGACCUUUGAUGAGUUGGAACGGUUUUUGAAAUUAAAAAUCAGAUCUCUCGAAGCCGCAACAGCGGGAAACAAAAUCACUCGAUCCUCAGCAUCACAACCUCGAACGAAAGCGACGGCUAACCCUAGCCCUGCUGCGUCGGCUCAUCACGCGAGUCCAAAAAAAUCGUCGAAUAAUUGUAAUGUACAAUGCACGUUGUGUAAUAAUACACAUCCGACGUACAAAUGCGCGCAAUUUACUAGUAAACCGGUGUCUCAACGUUGGGAAGUCGCUCGAGAGCACACGUUAUGUUUUAACUGCUUGUCGGCUCGUCAUACUAGCGACGGGUGCCCAAGCACUCGCACCUGUUCACAUUGUCACGAGCGUCAUCAUACUCUUUUGCAUUCACCACCGCGUAAAAAGACUAGUACCGACGCAGGAACCAGUGCGUCAACCAGUGGUGGUCCAUUGGUUGAUGCGAAUUUAAUUCAAUCACAUUUAAGCACUCUUCAAGUGCCAACCCAUAUCAUCCUGACUACUGCGUGGGUGUUAGUCACCGCUGCGUCGCAUCGGGUCGUAAAGUUGCGAGCGUUGCUCGACCCAGGUUCAACGCACACUUUCAUUUCGAGAGUUGCAGCGACCGAAUUACGGACGAAAACGUACCCGACGUCAAUGCGAAUGAAUGGCAUAGGUCUUAACAGACCAUCGACAGUUAGUCAGGUAGUACCGAUUUCUGUUAGUGCAGUAGGCAGCAAUGAGGUCGCACUAUCAACCGAAGCGCUAGUUCUUGACAACCUGACGUCGUACGUACCGAGAUUUCGGUAUCCGGUUUCACAUUGGCCGCAUCUCAAAGGUCUCGAACUGUCGGAUCGAAACCCGACGGACGAUACGCCUAUUCAUUUGGUGAUCGGCGCGGAUUUGUACGCGUAUGAGCUUCGGGAUGGACUUAUUCGCGGCCGACGAGACGAGCCGGUGGCCUUGAACACCAUCUUCGGGUGGGUCCUGUCUAGGAUGAGCAAUACAGAGGGUAGACAGGGCGAAGAACCUCGCGUUCAAGUGCACCACGUGCACAUACAAGACGAUGACCUCCACUCAUCCCUUACUCGAUUUUGGGAGACCGAGGAAAUCCCUGCAAGUCGUAUGGUCUCAAAGGACGACGCUAUAUGUGAGCGUCAUUUUAAAGAGACACAUUCGCGCACUGCCGACGGUCGGUAUGUAGUACGAUUGCCGCUUCGCGCCGCGCCCGCGCUAACGCUUGGCAACACCUAUCGACGCGCCUUACAGUGCCUGCAGUCAAUUGAACGACGACUCGCAUCUCGGCCCUCAGAACGUACCGCUUAUACCGACUUCAUGCGUGAGUACGAAUCACUCGGUCAUAUGCGGAUUGCAACCGCACGUCCGGAUGACGCGUCUGUAGUUUACUUACCUCGUCAUCCGAUUGUGAAGACAUCGAGUACGACUACAAAGACCCGUAUUGUUUUUAACGCGUCCGCGAUUUCCGCCUCCGGCAAAUCACUCAACGAUUUGCAAUACAUCGGCCCCAAGUUGCAGGCCGAUUUAUCCCUUAUGCAUCUCCAAUGGCGCACGUAUAAAUUUGUAUACACUGCCGACAUCGAGAAGAUGUAUAGGCAAAUCUUGAUUAGUCCACACGACGUCGAUCUACAACGGAUUUUAUGGCGUCAUACCCCCUCAGCGGCCAUAUCCGAGUAUCAGCUGUUGACUGUUACGUACGGUACAGCUAGUGCGCCAUUUUUAGCACUGCGCGUCUUACAGCAGUUAGUCACAGAUGAAGGUCAUGGGUUCCCCCGUGGGAAGGAUGUCGUUCGGUCGCAUAUGUUUGUCGACGAUGUGCUGUUUGGAGCGGAUACAAUCGAAGAGGCAAUUGCCAUCAGAAUUGAAACGACCGCUUUGCUGAACAAAGGCCAUUUCACGCUUCGCAAAUGGUCCAGCAAUUCGAUCACGUUGCUCUCCGAUAUCGAUCCGUCCAAUCACGGUUUAUCGUGUGACAAAGCUUUGCAGGAUGACGACAGCUUGAAGAUCCUCGGUAUUGCCUGGAGACCCACUGACGACUCAUACUGCUUCACUCUGAACCUCUCGCCUCUUUCGUCACAAAACGAGUGA